AUUGCUUGUCCUCACAAGAGGAAACUUUAACAAUAUGGAGAUUAAGGAAGACAAUUCAGAACAUGUUUCAAAACAUGUUCAUCAAUUCUACUUUGUUAAGCUUUGGCCAACAACUCCAGAUUCAAUUUGUAAAAUCAAAAAGGAAGAGAACAUAGUAAUGAAAAUGAAACAAGACAUUUGUAAAAUCUCAGAUAUUAUUGCAAAGAAAACGGUAAGAAGAGACUCUUUGUAUGAUAGAUACCAUGGUGUGUCGACGGAAGAGACGAUACUAAGCAAUUUAAAUAUGGCUCUUGAUGAAUUGAAUUUAAGGAAUGUUAAAGUAGAAAAUGGAGGAUGGUUUGGAGAAAAGCUUGAUAGAAAAUCUUUGAAUUAUAAGAAGCUACAUGGUAGCAAAAGUUUGGGUGAGGAGAAAAGAAUUUUAAGGGAUAUAAAGAUUCAACAAAAAGAUGUUGCUUCAUUCAAAUCACUAGAAGUGCUUAAUGAAUCGUUAUGGGGUAAGCAUUAUAUUUAUCACGGUUGGGAGAAGCUCGUCAGAGAAAUCGAACAAUUCCAAAACCAACCUAUGGAGAGAGCUUCCAAGUAUGACAACUUGAAGAAAACUAUAAAAAAUAAAAUCAAGCGUUCUUAUGAUUAUAAAUCUUUGAAUAACAAAAGAGAAUGUGGGACAGAAAUUAUCACUGGUGUGAAAAAAUUUGAAGCCAACAAAAGAGACUUAUAUCCUUUGAAUGCAAAAUUGACAAGGAAGUAUAAUAAAAAGGAUGAAGCAAAUCAAAGGAUUUUGAAAUUGAAAAAAUUGUAUCAUGAGGAGAUUCACGACUACUACCAGUAUUGUUCGCUUAUAGAUAAGGUUCAUCAGUUGGCUGAAGAAAAAGAUGUAGCAGCCCUUGAAGAGAUGUCAAGUUCAGAGGGUGGGAAGUUUAUGUUAGAAUGGAACAAUAAUAAAGCUUUCCGACAAGAUUAUGAGACGAAGGUUCUUCGAUCAUUAGAGAGACGACAACUAAGUAGAGAUGGGAGAAGAAGACCCGAUAAAUCAUGUUGUUUAACUUGAAAUUUCGGAACAACAGAAUACAUAAUAUCUUUUAGUAAUGCAUGCUUACAUCAAAGAUCAAACACGACGGUAAAACUAACACAUCGAUAUAUGUAAUAAUUUGAUGUGAUAAAUAAAUUAAAUAACCAUCGUGAAGAUUCAUAAUAGAAAUAGAGGUCAUAGUCCUCCGCUCCAUUGUAAACAUAAAUUCCCCUAUGUAAAUACGACGAAAAACUCCAACAUCUUGUCAUACUGUUGUAGGGACCAAAUUUCCAAUUUUUAAUUAGUGUUUUGCAUUUGCA